UUGUUUGUCCUCCUAAUCCUAUAGACGCUGAGACAGACAUUUCUUCGUCCGAGUCGUUUCCUUCGAUUUGGCCUUCAUUCGUUCGUUGCAGUUCAAAACAUCUUCCUUCCCUUCCUUCGAAAGCCUUGUUCACACACGUCUUCUCUCUCUCUCUCGAAAAACUAUACCUCUGUUGCUUCUUCGUUAUCUUUGUCCUCUGUUUCCGAGCUUUACUUCACGUGGAAGGAGUCUGUACUCUGUAGGGCUUUUGAACUGAGAGGUCGACCAUGGAGAGCUUGAUUGGAUUGGUGAAUCGGAUCCAGACGGCUUGUACUGCCCUCGGAGACCACGGCGGCGGCGACGCCGCCUUGACUUCCCUCUGGGACGCCCUUCCCUCAGUCGCCGUCGUUGGUGGCCAGAGUUCUGGAAAGUCUUCAGUACUGGAAAGCAUAGUUGGGAGAGAUUUCCUUCCUAGAGGAUCUGGGAUUGUCACAAGGCGGCCAUUGGUACUACAACUGUACAAAAUAGAUGAAGGAGAAGACUAUGCUGAGUUUUCACAUUUGCCUAGAAGGAGAUUCACUGAUUUUGCAACGGUUCGCAAGGAAAUUCAGGAUGAAACUGAUAGGGUGACUGGAAAAUCUAAGCAAAUUUCUCCAGUUCCAAUCCAUCUUAGUAUAUACUCUCCAAAUGUGGUCAACUUAACCUUAAUUGAUUUGCCUGGUCUGACUAAAGUGGCUGUUGAGGGACAGCCUGAAACUAUUGCACAAGACAUCGAAAACAUGGUGCGAUCUUAUGUUGAAAAGCCUAACAGCCUCAUACUUGCAAUCUCUCCUGCCAAUCAAGAUAUUGCAACAUCAGAUGCUAUGAAACUUUCUAGAGAGGUGGACCCCUCCGGGGAACGAACGUUCGGUGUGUUGACAAAGUUGGACUUGAUGGAUAAAGGAACUAAUGCAUUGGAUGUUCUUGAAGGGAGAUCUUACCGCCUACAACAGCCUUGGGUGGGUAUUGUGAACCGCUCGCAAGCAGAUAUCAAUAAAAAUAUUGACAUGGUUGUUGCAAGGCGGAAGGAGCGUGAAUACUUUGCAACAAGUCCUGACUAUUCACACUUAGCAAGUAAAAUGGGUUCAGAGUAUCUUGCAAAACUUCUCUCCAUGCAUUUGGAAACAGUAAUUAAGGCAAAAAUUCCAAGUAUCACAUCACUGAUUAACAAAAAUAUUGACGAACUUGAAUCUGAGCUGGAUCACCUUGGUAGGCCUGUUGCUGUUGAUGCAGGGGCUCAACUGUACACCAUCCUGGAACUUUGUCGGGCCUUUGACCGGAUUUUUAAGGAGCAUCUGGAUGGGGGUCGACCUGGAGGUGAUCGGAUUUAUGGAGUAUUUGACAACCAGCUUCCAGCUGCUUUGAGGAAGCUUCCAUUUGAUCGGCAUCUUUCUCUGCAGAAUGUGAAGAAAAUUGUUUCAGAAGCAGAUGGUUACCAACCACAUUUGAUUGCACCUGAGCAAGGUUAUAGACGACUUAUUGAGGGGGCACUACAUUAUUUUAGGGGGCCAGCUGAAGCUUCAGUUGAUGCUGUUCACUUCGUUCUGAAGGAACUUGUCAGAAAGUCUAUCGGUGAAACUCAGGAGUUGAGACGGUUUCCUAGGUUGCAAGCUGAAAUAGCUGCGGCUGCGAGUGAAUCCUUAGAAAGGUUUCGGGAGGAAAGUAAGAAGACAGCAAUAAGAUUGGUGGACAUGGAAGCGUCGUACCUGACAGUAGAUUUCUUCCGGAGACUGCCCCAAGAAGUAGAAAAGGGCGGAAACCCAACAGCUGCCUUAGCUGCAGAUCGCUACGGCGAGGGGCACUUCAGACGGAUAGGGUCAAACGUAUCUUCUUAUGUCAACAUGGUGUCUGACACACUCAAGAACACCAUACCCAAGGCAGUGGUCUAUUGUCAGGUUCGAGAGGCCAAACAGUCAUUACUCAAUCACUUCUACACGCAGAUUGGCAAGAAAGAGGGUAAACAUCUUGGACAAUGGUUAGAUGAAGAUCCAGCAUUGAUGGAGAGGAGGCUACAAUCUGCAAAACGGCUCGAGUUGUACAAGGCAGCAAGGGACGAGAUCGAUUCGGUGUCAUGGACCCGAUGAGACUCGGCAACAGGCUGCUUUGUGUGAUAACAUGGUUCACCACGAAAACAAUGCCAGAUUGUUGAUUGUUGAAUUAUUUGACAGCUGAGAUUCGUUUACGCCCUUGUUCAAUUUUUGUUUGGAUGGGGUUUUUGGAUUCCAGGGCUUUCCACAUUUUCUAAAUUUAGAUGUUCUGUAUCCUUGUAAAAUUUAUUAGAUUCCUUAUAAUAUGUUAAUUUAUUACCCGUCCCACUUUGUGAAUGUAAAGGUUUCACUUUUUUGUGUUUGCAA